AUCACGUGACAACUCUACACAUGAAAAUUAAACUUUUAUGAUUGACAAAUUUUGAGUGAAACAAUAGAAAAUAACGGAUUUUUGGUAAAGAAAAAUCAUGGGGAAGGAAGCGGAAGCUGAAAAAAAGAUUGAUAACAACGAACAGGAGAUAAUUGAACGUGGUAAUUGGACUGGGAGACUAGAUUUUAUACUAUCUUGUAUAGGUUAUGCUGUAGGACUUGGAAAUGUCUGGAGAUUUCCUUAUCUUUGUUUCAGAAAUGGAGGCGGUGCAUUCCUUAUUCCAUAUGCUAUUAUGUUGUUUAUCGCUGGAAUUCCUUUGUUUUUCUUUGAAUUGUCAUUUGGACAGUUUGCUUCUCAAGGACCAAUUACAGUUUGGGCUGCAAAUCCAAUGUUCAUGGGUGUUGGAUGGGCUAUGGUUAUGAUCAGUGCCAUGGUUUCAGCAUACUAUAAUGUCAUUAUUAUGUACGCUAUAUACUACAUGAUGGUGUCUUUCGUAAACUUGGAUACAAAGUUACCAUGGCAAACAUGCGAUCCCGAAUGGGCAACUCAUCUUUGUCGACAAGAGGCUUAUCCAAACUUUGCUUCUAUGACAAAUGAUUCAGAAAUUCAAAAAGAAGCUUUCAAAAUUAAGGACACAGUGUGUUUGGAAAAUCUGUUACCAAACAUCUCUGCUGCAGCAGGUGUCAUCCCAGCAUUUGCAACAAUUAUGGAAAUACCUAGUGAUCUCCUGGUUCAUAACACGUCAUCAUGUGAUCUAGACCUCAAGGUGCCUAGUGAUGAGUAUUGGACGCGAUAUGUGUUACGUCUCCACGAAUCUGAUGGUUUUGAUGAGAUUGGUGGUCUCAGUCUUAAGCUGACUAUCUGUUUAUUUCUAGCAUGGGUUAUCAUUUUCUUCUGUCUCAUGAAAGGAGUUAAAUCAUCUGGCAAGGUUGUAUAUUUCACAGCAACCUUUCCCUACCUUGUAUUAAUUGCAUUGUUGAUAAGAGGACUGACUCUUGAAGGACACGAGAAAGGUGUUGAAUUCUACAUGACAGCUGAUUGGGAUAAACUUAAGGAUCCAAAGGUAUGGGGAGAUGCUGCCACACAGAUCUUUUACUCUCUAGGCCCGGCAUGGGGUGGACUUCUUACAAUGUCAAGCUAUAACAGAUUUAAAAACAACACUGUCAGAGACACCUUUAUAGUUUCGAUCAUUAAUUGUGGAACCAGUGUGUUUGCUGGGUUUGCUGUAUUUUCUCUCCUUGGAUUUAUGGCCACUCAGCUGAACAGGGAUGUUAAGGACGUUGUUGAAGCAGGUCCAGGUCUAGCCUUCAUUGCCUACCCAGAAGGAAUAGCUAGAAUGCCCGUAGCUUCGCUUUGGGCUUUUCUAUUUUUCUUCAUGAUCUUUACACUUGGACUUGAUAGUCAGUUUGCUAUGAUGGAGACGGUUAUAAGUGGUUUUGUUGAUGCCUUCCCAACUUUCCUCAGACCAAAGAAACAAAUGUUUACUUUGCUUUGCUGUCUAAUUGGGUUUUUAGUAGGAUUGCCGCAAGUUGCAAAGGGUGGUAUCUACUUGUUAACAUUAGUUGACUGGUAUGCAGGAAGUUACAACCUCAUGCUUGUUAGUAUGGCUGAAUUAAUUGGUAUCUGCUACAUCUAUGGGGUAAACAACUUUAGAAGAGAUAUUGAGAUGAUGUUAGGAAAACAGCACCCGGCUUUUUGGAUUUAUUGGUAUUGCACCUGGUGCUUUAUAACUCCAGUUUCUAUUGGGUUCAUUGUUAUCAUGUCAGCAAUAAACUAUUCACCAGCUUACUACGGUGAUUAUGAAUUCCCAGGCUAUGCUCAAGCUAUGGGAUGGUUAAUGGUGUGUUCUCCACUGGCUAUUAUAAUUGUCGUAAUGAUUGCACAGAUAAUCAGAAAAGGGUUAUCAGGAGCAGUUCAGAGUGAAUCGCAUUGGGGUCCAGCUUUGGAUGAAGACCGAGCUUUAGAUCCAAUGAGAUACAGACCACUUAGGGAGAAUAAAUACCCACCAAACGGCCAUUAUACUGAUAAUGAGGGUCAAACAAAUAUUGCCUAUCUUGGAGAUGAAAAAGUUAAAUAUGUAGCCACUGAAUCUAACAGAAUGUAAGAAUAAGUGGAGCUACUGUAAAAUAACUGUAUAUGAUAUACUAUUAUAACAGAAAUAGAUUUGUGUUACUUUUCAUAUUUUAAUUAUGAACUAUUUUAUUUUCUAUAUUUACUUUUAUCAUUUGUAUGUAGUUAAAAAAAGAACUAUUUUAUUUUCUAUAUUUCCAUUUUAUCAUUUGUAUGUAGUUAAGAAGGAAUUGAAGCCAAACUGCUUUGGGAGUAGUGCUCUUCUUCACUUCGAUCUCCUUUAUUUGGCAACGUAAGAUGUCCAUCAUGAAAAAUGUAAUGUAAAUUUGUACUAUACACGAACAUAAUUAUGAUUUGAAAAUAACCUCAUUGACACCUUUAUGUGCAUUUCAUAAUUUCUAAGGGACAUUUUUGGGUGACCAUUAGAGUUAUAAUUAGAUGAAAAUAAAUUUACUUUGAUAUUUUUUUUUUAUAUUUUAGUAUAAUUGGAAUUGAAAUGUUUUAUUUCAAACGUCAAAAAUGUCGAAUUCCAUCUUCGUGUGAACUACACAUGCACAAACUGUUAGUGCAAUAUGUAAUUGUUUAAUAUACCGGUAUCACUUCUGUGUAACUUUGACGUACAUUCAGUCAUUUCUAAUUUCUAACAUUGAAUUAAUAGAGAACUGUUAGAAAGAAAUAUGAUAUGAUUGAUGAUAAUUGUUUUUUAAUUUCUUUCAAGUUUCAAUAUUUGUAGUCAAUGUGUCAUCAAAGAAACACAUUCCAGGUUAAUACACACAAAACUGUAUUUGAAAAACCUUUAAAAAAACAUUUUACAUGCUUCAUACCUAAGAAUUUAUUUUAUUAACAUCAAUUAAUUGUAGCUGUUAUAAUUGUUCCGGAAGGUCCUCAAUAUGUAUUUUGUAAAAUGGUCCAAUUACUUUUGUCUAUAUUAGACUACAUAUAUAUUUGUCCAGAUUUCAAUUGUUUGAACUAUAAAAUAAAGGUUUUGAACUCAAUAUAUAUAAUAUUAAAAUGACAGAAUUAUGACACAGCAAUAAUAUAUUGAGAUUAAAAAAAAGAUGCUGAAAGUGUGCAAUAAAUUUCAAUUAGACAAUGUUUAGAACUAAAAUUGAAGUCAUAUACAUACAAUGAAAAACUAUAUUAAACUAUUAAAAAAUGAAAUUCCAAAUCCUUCGACUUCAAAAAGGGUAUUUCAAUUGUGAUAGAGUGAAUUUUUUGAAACGAUUAUGCGUCGCGUGCAUCUAAUAAAAUUGUUUUUUUAAGGUAAAAUUUAUUGACAAUAUUGUUGUAAAAUGAAUUUUAAAACCUAUUAACAAUGAUGAAAAUCUCGUUAAAGAUGGUACAUUUGAUUUAUUUUUUUAGAUUUGUAAAGUUAACAAGAAAAUGUUAACGCAUUGAUUAUGAAACACACAAUAAAUUCAUUACCUAAAGAAAGGUAUGAAGGAGGAUUGAUUGUUUUCUAAGUAUAUUUUAUUUUGUAGUCUGAUGAUAUAUAUUUUUAAGAAACUUACUUUUGCAAAUAAAUCUUUUUUUCAAAA